AUGGCGAACAAACAUAAGAUUGUUAGCCUCCUGGACUGCACCACGUGGUCGGGGGUUGGUCCUGGGCUCAUGGAUGCUGUGACCAAAGGUGCUAUGCAAGCAGGAAAGCCAGUUGGUGGACUUAAAAUAGAUAAAGAAGCAGGUGAAUGGACAGCCUCUAAAUUUCAUCCCUACCUACCUUCAGAAUCAUAUCUGACUUGCAGGUUUUUCUCUGCAAGAAAGCAUGGUAUGGUGGAUGCUGCAGUUAGGAAUAGUAGCUCUGUUAGAACUGCAGUAGUCGUUCUCCCUGGCGGGAUUGAUACACUAGAUGAGAUGUUGUACUAUUAUUAA